UCAUGGAGUCCUACGUGGUGAGCUGUAAAUAUGCUGAGCCGCAGUUCCCACCAUGUGAAGAAGAUUACAGUAAUUUUAGUGACCAAGGGGGGUAUUACAACAACCCUCAGGACAGUGGUACUUAUGGAGGGGGCUAUCAGUCCGUACAGCCCCCACCGCCUCCAUACACAGCACAACAAACCGGCUAUCAACACUCUUUGCAGGGGCACCAAAGGGAGGAUGGAGAGGAGCAGUCGCAGCACCAAGGUGCGCCCUACCCCGGUUACAGGGACAGGGACACAGAAGCAACCAGUAAGCAGAGAUUCCCCGUGGGUGACCUGCAGUGCCAGGCCUGGAUGACCUGCGCCAAGCCCGCUCAGGUGCAGAGGAAGACGGCCUGCCAAGGGAAAGACAAGCCGCCUAUUGUUGUCUACCCGUGGAUGAAGAAAUUGCACAUCGCUCAAGUAAAUCCGAACCACGUGGGCCCGGAACCUAAGCGACUACGGACGGCCUACACGCGCCAGCAGGUUCUGGAGCUCGAGAAGGAGUUCCACUUCAGCCGCUACCUGACGCGCCGCCGCCGCGUCGAGGUGGCUCACACGCUCGUCCUGUCCGAGCGCCAGGUGAAGGUUUGGUUUCAGAACCGGCGCAUGCGCUGGAAGAAAGACAACAAGCUACCAAACACCAAAGGCAAAAACAAAAACAAGAAAACGACGGACAACAACAGCAGCAGCAGCAGUGACAGCAGCAGCAGUAACGUGAAGGCGGUGAUAACCGUGUGAGCAAAUGAUGGUGGGAGCACAGUCCGGCCGCCAUGUUUGCACCUUCAUUCUCCAAAACAGAUUCGGGGUGGCUACAGCGAACUGUAACAUUCAUGAACUACUUUAAAAUUACGGGAUCUCCAUUGACAGGCCGAAUUGUUUUAUAAAUGUGUUCAUGUAUUUUACUUUGUAUUGUAUUGCAUACAAUUUAGUUCAAUAUUUAAAUCAUUAAUAGGCCUGACUGUUUUUGGGUCCCAUAUCCCCAAAGUGAGAUUAGGGAGGUACAUUUUUUUUAACCUCCGAUAAUGAAUGCGCUUUGUUGCCGAGUUGGCAAGUUGCAUCUACGGUGAGUGGGGGAUCUCAUGUCUUUGGAGAAAACAGGGUUUUUAAUUUCUACAGGGUAAACACAAUACAGGGUUUAUUAAUAGCUACCUAGAGGGUAAAAUAGCCUAACUUAUGAAUAUGCACAUUACCAAAAUGUUUCCAAACUGGCGCUUAAAGGGGCAAAAACCAUAAACCAAAUUGUUUAGAGUCUAACCCAUAUAACAGUUACGGAAAAUAAUGUUGUAGCAUUUUUUUGUACCUAUGAAGCUACAUCCAAAAACCAUGCAUAUUAAGUAGGAUAAGUAGCCAUACUGUGCAGAUUUUUUUUUACGAGCGAAUGUAUCCUGUUUAUGGUGGACUGAACGUCACACUUCUGUACGCUUGGAAAAUAAAGCCAAAAUCGGAGGUACAGUUUUUAAUGCACGAUGAGGACUCUAUAUCCACCAUAUUUUCUCAGGGCUACAGGGUUGAAACAGACAGAACUUUUUAAAACGUAUAUUGUUUGAUGAAGCAUCGAGGUGUUUUGAAAUAAAUCCUCUCAGAAACAGUAUCGCAUUUUUUAUUACACGCUCUCUUUGAUUCCAGUUUAAUAUGCUAUUGAUUUCUGUUAUACAGCCUAUAGGCCUACGCAGUACUUAUUUCUAUUUGUAUUAUUUAGAAACAUAUUUUGAUCUUUGUAGCAAGCAUCAUC